GUUAAGUGAUCCUCACCAACUCCAGAACAAAUGUUAAGCCGAAAACACGGCAAUGCUUGCAACGCACCAAAACAGCCAACAGGUGGCGCUAGGAGGCCGCCCGGCGGCUUGUUUGGCACUUGCCGGGGUUUCCCAGCUUGCCCCGGAAGUGGGAGCGCGUGCGAGCUGCGGGCCGGGUGAGUGCUUUCCCGCCGGACAGGGCCCCUCUAGGGUGUUUGCAGGAUUCAGAGCUGCGCAGGAGCGGGAGCCGGGAGGGCAGUUAACAAUUGCAGUCCCUUAGCGGGGUGGACAGGAGAUGGAGACCCGGCUUUUCUGGGUGAUUGGGCAAUCCCUUUCCCCUCUCCGGGAGUCAGUUUCUCCAUCUGUAACAUGAGGGUUUGGAUUGUAGUUUCCGAAUUUGGCUCUGGCAUGCGAAUGCCCAGGAGGAAUUUAUUUUAAAAUGCUGGUGCUUGGAGGUGGAAUGCAGUCCAUCUGGGUUUUUGCAAGCUAGCCAGCUGAUUCUGGGUGAGGGAGACCCAGGGCCAGAUCGUCCCUAGGGGCCCUUACAGCUUGAAAAUCCUCUUCUUCCUUUCCAGGACAUGGUUUUAAACUUUAAAAUGGAAACUUAAAUAGGAAUGUUGCUGUGGGACCCCUUGGAUGAGCAGAUUUUUGUAUCAAGGACAGAGCCUGGGCAGUCUCUUCCUUUCUCUUUGCCUCAUCACCAACAUCCACUUGUUUCCUGUGGGGAGACAGGAUGGACAGAUUUCUGGUGAAGGGGGUUCAAGGGGGCACUUGGAGAAAGGGGGAGGAGCAAGAGCAGAGUGGAAAAGAGCUAACUCUGUUGGGAGGAGACAAAGAAAGCCCAAGGAAGAGGCCCAGGAGAGAGAUCCCAGGGAAUUGGGUCCACUCGGCAGGCCCCAGCUGGAGGCACCUUCAGGCCGAGGGCCUGGAUUGCGAUUACACGGUCCUCUUUGGCAAAGCGGAGGCGGACAAGAUUUUCCAAGAGCUGGAGAAAGAAGUGGAAUAUUUUACAGGUGCACUGACCAGGAUCCAGGUGUUCGGGAAGUGGCACAGUGUGCCAAGGAAGCAGGCGACGUACGGUGACGCUGGGCUGACCUACACGUUUUCAGGCCUUACAUUGUCUCCAAAGCCAUGGAUCCCAGUUCUAGAGCAUGUCCGGAAUCAUGUCUCUGGGGUGACUGGACAGACCUUCAAUUUCGUGCUCGUCAACAGGUAUAAAGAUGGCUGCGACCACAUCGGGGAGCACCGAGAUGAUGAAAGAGAGCUAGCCCCUGGAAGCCCCAUCGCCUCUGUCUCCUUCGGUGCCUGCAGGGACUUCUUCUUCCGGCAUAAGGAUUCUCGAGGGAAGAACCCCUCUCGGAGGUUGGAGGUGGUCAGGCUCCAGCUGGCACAUGGGAGUUUACUGAUGAUGAACCACCCAACCAACGUUCAUUGGUAUCACAGUCUUCCCAUCCGAAAGAAGAUUCUUACUCCACGUGUCAAUUUGACAUUUCGGAAAAUUUUGCCUACUAAAAAAUAAAAUGUUUUUAACAGUUAGUACUUCUAUUUUCUCUUUCCCUCUCUAUUCUGAGAGGGAGUUGGCGUUUUCUUGAUCAACAGGGAACAUAGAAAAGGUUUAACCAAGCCAAACUGUAGGGAUUGUUACAUAACAAUGUAGAAUUCAGAAAAAGGAUGUUUGCAUGGACCAACUACUUGAUAACUGUGAAUCUGUUUCCUCACCAGUGAAGUGCAGCUAGUAAUAACUUCUUGAAAGGGUCAUUACAAUAAUUGAAUAGCAUAAUAAUUAUGAGCCUGUUUGAUGUUGUGCCUGAGACAAAGUGAGCACUCACAGUAUUGAUUAUAUUCCUCUUUUACUCUAACUCUCAAAAACUGAGGCUGGCUCUUUGCAAAUUAGACUCAUGUCAAAUAAACUUAAUAAAACUGGUAAAAUGUAAAUAAAAAUAACCUUAUCAAAUUUG